AUGGUGACGCUGUCGUACGAGCAGGAUGAGGUGCAGCAUCCCUCACACGUGCGCCGUGCCUCCCGCCGACGGAACCAGCGCAUCGUAUCGACCGCCUCGAUAGAACGCCAGGGCUCGGCGAGUCUGCUUUCGAGCAUCAGCAACCUCACCAACACCAUCAUCGGCACGGGCAUGCUCGCCACGCCGGGCGCAUUCAAGUACACCGGCCUGCUGCUGGGCAUGUUUCUCAUCGUCUUCUGCGGCUGCACGGCGGCGUUGGGGCUGUACCUGCUGACACGCUGUGCGGCGCGCGUGGGUGGGCGGAAGAACAGCUUCUUCACGAUUGCAUCCAAGGCGCUGCCGGCGGGCGCGUGGUACUUUGACCUGGCGAUUGCACUCAAGUGCUACGGCGUCAGCAUCUCAUACCUGAUCAUCUGUGGCCAGCUGAUGCCCCAGGUCAUCAUCAGCUUUUUUAGGGCUUUCCACCGCGACGUCCACCAGAUCCCUACGCUCUUUCUCGAUCGCAGCUUCUGGAUCCUGGCGCUCAUCAUCCUGCUUAUCCCGCUGUGCUUCCUGCGUAGGCUCGACUCGCUGAGACAUACGAGCUAUCUUAGCCUGCUCGCGGUGUUCUACCUGGUGAUCAUCGUGCUGCACUACAGCUUCAGCUCGGACGCAAAGGCGUCAUUACCGCCUAAAGGGGAUGUAGAGGUGGUGGCAGUCUCGUGGCAUACGAUCAGCAUCUUCCCCGUAUUCGUAUUUGCGUUUACGUGCGCACAGAACAUGCUGCCCGUCUACAACGAGCUGUUCCACAACGUCGAGGGCCGCGUCAACACGGCCAUUGGCUCGUCCAUCGGUACUGGAGGCACGGUGUAUCUGAUUGUGGGCGUGCUUGGGUAUCUCAGCUUCGGCAGCAAUGUGGGCGACAACAUCAUCGCCAUGUACCCGAGCACGAGCUUGUUCGUCUGCUUCGGUAGGGUGAGCAUCAUCAUCCUCACCAUCUUUAGCUAUCCGCUACAGGUGCAUCCGUGCCGAGCGAGUCUCGACAAGGUCUUUUCGCGCGCCAGUCGGCGACAGCAGAUCCUGGAUGCCGCCGCCUCGGCUGCACUACUCCCCGACGGCCAGGACGACGAGAUCGAGCCGUAUCGCGACGAUGAAGAUGCCGAUACCCCGACGGCGAAUGGAUACGCUGCCCAGCAGGUGGUGGAGGAUGAUGAUGAGAUCCCACUGGGCAAGUGGUGCCUCAUGACAGCGGGCAUUUUAAGCACGACGUUCAUCAUCAGUCUGCUGGUGGAUGACCUUUCGAUCAUCUUGGGAUUCGUCGGGUCCGUGGGGAGCACGACCAUCAGCUUUAUCCUGCCCGGUGUGCUGUAUGCCUCGCUGUUUGCGGAUCAGCCACACUCGCGGCUGCGCAAGGCGGCCAUCGCACUCGCCUCGUGGGGCGCCUUCGUCCUCGUCGUCGCACUCUCGGCAAACGUGCUCAAGCUCGUCCAUGCCCAGGUCCCAAGCUCGCUCCUCGUCACCACCAUCACCAAGACGUAG